AUGACAAGCCGUCUGGAAGAUCUUCCCCAGGAUGUCUGCAACAAGAUCUUGGACUUUAUUGGUUGGGAUCACGACUGUGUGUCCUUUCAGUUGGCCUGCAAACAUCACUACAACCUCAUCUUCCAUCGUACUUUCAAGGAUGGAACGCCCACUCUCCGACAAGGGCAACGACAGCGUACUACGUUGGCCUAUGAGAAAACCAAUACUUACAAUCUCUUUCAUGUCCAUCAAUUGCAACCCUUUCGUUUCCUGGUAGAUACUCGCACGUUGGGAGGACAGCUGCAAGUUGAAAUUCAACUCGGUAAUCAUGUGUGGACGGAAUGCGACAAUCGGAAACAACAAGACGAUGAUUAUUUGGAGAGCGAUGAUUUGGAUAGUAGUACAACGCUGACAACUCCUGUAGGACCCACCUAUCCAAGGAUACGAGUCUUUCGCAAAGACAAGACAUUGACUCCCCGAACGAUCUUUCAUUAUGAUCACAUUCUGGGCCGCCAAUGCUCCUUCAUGGGGACCUACGGGGACGAUCCCACGGAUCCGAGAGCAGCGGAUAGAGCCGAGGAAAUGGCGCAGGUGCUCCAUCUUUGCUUGAAUUCCCUUUCUACGGUGGAUCCUCCUUCCAAUAGAAUCAAUCAGUUUUUUCGAGUGUAUCCACCGGCGGGAUACUUGCUCCGCCUCCUCCCCAAACCUUCCCGUCAUUGUUUUCCGAACAGCAUUGAUUGGAAGCAAGGCGAUCGGCCGUUGUCAUCUAGCAGCAUUGUCGAACGGGACUAUCAAGCUGCCGUCACGUGGGGCGAAUGGUGGCAGACUUUGCAAGAUGCCAACUGGUAUGAACCGGUGCAAGCCUUUGAUUGGGAGGAGCUUUCGUGGUAUACUUCUACUACUACUGCUGCUGAACGACGAUCUGGAAGAGAAGAGGAGCAUGGCAGCAGUCGAAAGCGUCCAAAACUGCUCUAG